AAAAAACACACACACACACACACACACAGAGAGUAACCUGUGAUUCAUAAUACUCCUAAGAAGAACAUCAAACAUACAUAAAUUACUUCAAAAUUUUCAUGGCUUCUACGGUUAAUCUUCAUAGUUUAUAUCCUCGAAUCUGCUAUUCGUCAGGAUCAUACAGUUGCAAAUCUCAAAUUCUAGCUUUUGGCCCUUCUCGAUUACCAUGUGAGUCGCUUUUGAAGUCGAAGAAACGGUCUAUGAUUCCAAUUGUUCAAAAUAGAAAGAUCAGGUCUCGAAUCUACGCUGCUCAAUCUAGUUUUUUCAGAGUUCUUCAAACUGCAUACAAGGUUGGAAAGGAUGGAAUCGAAGCAGGAACAAGUUUAGUGCCAGUAUCUAUUCCAAGACCAAUUGCUAGGAUAUCGGUGGCUGUAGUUGGGGCAACUGUGGCACUCUUUCUACUCAAAUCAUUCUUGUCCACGGCUUUCUUUGUUCUGGCAACAAUGGGGCUAAUUUACUCGGCGUUUAUCGCGUUGAAUAAAGACGAAGGCCCGACGGGGGGCGGCGGCGGCGGCGAAGGAGCCACCACCACUUCAACAGAAGAAAGCCUUGAAGAAGCAAGAAGAAUUAUGGAAAAGUACAAAUAAACACAACCAUAGAAAACAGCUAACCAAGCUUUUAUUUAAAAAAGCUUGUUAAUUAAUGUAAGUAAAACCCAUUCUUAUAUUAAUUGGAGCUUAAUGCAAGCAAAACCCAUUCUAUGCUAU